AAAAAUUAAAUACAAUCUUCUCGUCAACUAAUGGACAUCUUCAGCGCAAUUAGCUACUAUUGUCUGCUAAUUAGAGGUGUCUAUUAUUUAGGCAAUGUCAUUUUUCUCAUGUCAAAUCAACAGAAAAUGGAUUUCUAAAUCACUUAGCACACAAACUUGGUAACCCAUGGUGAAUUCAGCUGAAUUUACAAAGAGAAAUUGCUCAAAUGUGCCUAAUAAUACUGAUACUGGUGUAACAAGACACAUGGGAAUGUUUACAUUAAAGCAGUCUGUGCAGAAACUUUGCCUGUUAAUGGCAGAAGUUUACUUUUUUGGAGUGUAAUUAAUUAGAGAGAUAUGUUCUUAAUAAAAAUAAUAAAUAAAAAAGUUCUGUUGAGUUAUUUCAACUAAAAAUAAAGACAAAGUGAAAUAUUUUGCGACUUUGUAGUUCAAUCAAUAAAAGAGGAACAAGUCAAAAAUUUGCUCCGGCCUAUCUUGGGGGUGAAGAAGAGAAGAAGAGUAUUGAAAUCAAUGCGAUCAGUUAAAAACAUGCUCAUGAUAUUCUUUUGAAGUCUCCUGUGUAUCAGUUUGUUCUAAAGAGCUCUGAAUGUCAUUGGUCAAAAAAAACACCUACCGCCAUGUAUUUAUUAAAUCCAUAUUUAAGAAAAUUAAGAAUCAGUGAAAGUGACCAACACACUAACAAGCAAGAGUUUUACAUGUGCUGACGUCAGCAUUUUUUUUUGAUGGUUAGUAUGACAACUUUUGUGUUACCCCGUUUCAACAGUCAAGUGGAUUUGUUUUUAUCGAAAUUUUGUUUUCUUUUUUUUACAAGCUACAAGAAAGAACUUUUACCGAAGUUUUCUUUUUGAUGAUCGUGCAAUCUGACUUUUCUGGUGCUAUCAUUUUGAAUUGUAUGUUGUCUGAAGAAGUUGCAGCGGUGGUUAUACCUGGUGUUGGUUAACUGAAGUAGAUGGCAGUGAAAAAGGUAAAAUUAAUUUUUAAGUGUGGAAACUUAAGAUAUUUGAGACUUUAGAGUUGUUUUAAAGACAUGUCACUAGUAAGUCAAGGGUUGGUAUUUCUGCAGGGCAAAAUUAUUCCUUUCAGGCAAAAAAGCUGCAAAUUUCGUGUAAUUAAUUUUACUAUCCCACCCAGUUUACAGAAUAAAUUUUCACGAUAAGGAAGAAGUAAAAGGUUUCACAUUUUUUAACAUCGCUUUUAAACACGUCAGAAACAUUGCAAAUGGGUCCUGAUUAUAUGACUUUACACAAGUUAUUUCAAGUUAAGAAAAUUAAUAUUUUUGUGGCGAGUAAGCUAAUUUAAUUUUGCUGUAUUUAAUUUAUUGAUUACUGAUACAGCCUAGUACAACCUGUAAAAUUUGCUUUUUGCAAAGAAUAAGAGAAUAAUGCAACAAAUAUAUCCUUCUGCAAGUGUCGUGAAACACUAGAAAUAUAGCCGUCUGCAAAAAGUCGUGUGAAGUACAACAAAUAUAGUCAUCUGUACAAACUUUCACAAAAUAUAAGAAAUAUAGCUAUCCACCAAAGUCUCACAAAAUAGGCAUCUGCAAAAUUUUCACAAAAGACAAGAAAUGUGAAAUAUAGCCAUAUUUGGAAGUUUUUUUCAUUUUAAGUCAACAAUCUCUUGUAGUUUAGCAAAAGAAAGGGGUAAACAAAACUUUAUUUAUUGUGAACUGACUUUUUUUUCCCAGUUAAGAAUUUUCUCUAAUAUAUGUCAGAUAGGGAAAUGAUUACGGUAUCAACAUGUAGCUGAAAGCAUAUUUGGUUAAUUGCCAUAGGCACCAGUUACUAUGCAAAUUAUAACUUUUGGGUUACUUGCGCUUUCCAUAGAAAGUUGUGUCAAACUGGUUAUCAUCAUCUCUUCUCAUUUCUGAAAGGUCAUGUCCGUGAUUUGAGAGGUCAAAAAAAUUUUCUGCGAAUUGAUCAAAAUAGGGCAAGGCAUUUUUUGCCAGGAUAACUUGAAAUCAAAAUCUUUUGCCGAAAAUGAGCUCAAUCAUAUUUUACAAGAAUAAACUGUUUAACUUGUUGAUUAGCCACUUUUUUUCGCGUCUCCAUGCAAAUAUGUUUUCGAAAUUUCUCAUUACUUUCUCUUAUUGAUCCACUUCAACAAUCCUGGUGUUUAUUUGUAUAGCAGACUCCUUUAUCCUCCAUUCUCUGCUGUACACUAUAUCACGACUCCAUAACAGUAAGAUAAGAAUAUAAAGGUUUAUUAAUGAUACAGUAAUACUACUAAUUCCAAAUGUUAUUUUCUCUUAACUAAUGAUGUAGUUUUUCAAUGGAGUGCGAUUAUUAGCGAAAUUCUCUGCACCCCAUAUGUUUAAUCUAGGAGGGUAGUAAAAAGGUUGGGAUCAAAUUCUCAUAAUAUUAAGAAUUAACACAAUGUUAUGAAAUUUAAGUCACGAUGUAUGUCCCAAUACCUUAUCAUGUUCUCAUGCAAUAUGAACUAAUAAGAACCAGGUCUUUGGAUUAUUAUAUUUAAAAGAUAAACAAGUUUAAAUGCGUGAUAUUCGGACAUGGAUGUUUAGAACAACAAUAAAUGGUUUACUUUUGUCAACAUGUGGAUUCUUAAAUAAAUGAAAAGUUUGAUAUAUUGAACGUAGCUGCAGUGUUGUUGGCGAAUAAGUGUGCAAAUUAUUUGAAGUAAUUUAGUGGUACUGUUAAUAUGUGUGUUUGGAUUCUCAGCGGAGGCUGCAUAUUUUUUGUCCUUUAAAUUACCAACUUGUGAUAUUUUGAACAGAUUAAAAAAAAGUAGAAUGAAGAGAUCCAAAUUGGAUGAUGAGGAUACGACUGAUUUCUGCAAAAAUCACGCCUAUGUUGGACGUUGGCAACAAGAAGUGAAAAGUAUUCAUGGUGUUCACGAUGAAGUUGAUACACAAUACAAACAAGUUCAUUUAUUAGUCAUUGGUGCAGUCUCUUACAUAGGUAUGCGGGGAAAUAUGUAUUCUCAGUACGCCAAGGACUUCCCUUCCCGCUUGAAGGUUGUUGGUGUCGCCGAACCUAAAGAUGUUCGAAGGUUUUCGUUCCAGAAGCGAUUUUCAAUAGAAGACCAAAAUGUGUUUACUACUUGGAAAGAGGCUGCCUCAAGAGAAAAAUUUGCCGACGCUGUUGUUAUAGCAACGUUGGACGAUAUGCAUCAUGGUCCAUGCUUAGUUUUUGCUGAGUUAGGUUACCAUAUUUUGUGUGAAAAACCAAUGGCUCCCACGGAGGAGGAGUGCAAAGAGAUGGUGGGAGCAGCGAAAAGAAACGGCGUCAUGUUAUGUUUGGGUCACGUGUUGCGGUACACAAACGAGUAUAUGACUGUGAAAAAGUUGAUAACAGAUGGAGCUAUAGGAAAGGUGGUUGGUAUUCACCACCUGGAACCCGUCGGUUGGUGGCAUUUUGCCCAUUCUUUUGUUCGUGGAAAUUGGAAGCAAGAACUGCAAGAGAGCGGAUCGUUAAUGGCAAAAUCUUGUCACGAUUUUGACUUGAUCAAAUACUUUUUGGGUGAUAUUAAAUGUCGCAAGAUACAAUCGUUUGGCGCUUUGACGCAUUUUAACUCCGAUAAUAAGCCGUCAGACGCUAGUAGUCGGUGUUUAGAUUGUAAAAUCGAACGUUCAUGCCCUUACUCGGCUGUACGACGUUAUAUUGACUGUGUAAAAGAGCAUGGUCCUGAUCGAUUUUGUUAUACAGUGUGCGAGGAUCCCACGGUGGAGAACCUAACGAAUGCUUUACGAAAUGGUCCGUACGGCAAAUGCGUGUACGACUCUGAUAAUGACGUUUGUGAUUACCAAACAGUAAACAUGGAGUUCGAUGGAGGUAGGUAUGCAACAUUUACAAUGUCGGCGUUCACGAAGGAAGUAUGUGUACGCAAAAUCCAAAUAAUGGGAACUCACGGAGAAAUUGAAUGCGAUGCAAAAGGUUUUAGAUUGUUUGAUUUCAGAAGUGAACAAACGUCGGAAUACGUAUCGACAUCGCCAAAAGAGCCAACCAGAAUGACGGGACAUGGUUUCGCUGAUUACCAUCUUAUGAAAGCUUUUGUAAAAGCUGUCGCUUUAGACAAUCCUUUAGUCAUAGAGUCGGGUGCUGAAGAUAGUUUAAGGGGCCACCGUCUUGUCUUUGCCGCGGAAAAAUCACGUAGAAGCGGAGGUACCAUGUUGGAAGUUAACAUUUAAUCGACUUAAGACUUUGUAUACGGUAUUUUUUAAGAAUUUAAGUUCUGAUGAAAAUUUGUAUACUAUAUAUAAGUUAUAUAUAAGUUUCAUAUGAAAUGUUUUGUAUAAUUAAACUAAAUAAACUGGUUGUUGUUUUAUAUCUUUAAAGUAAAAA